AUGGCGCUGGAAAGGGAAGAUGUUAGAGAUUACAAUUUGACUGAGGAGCAGAAGGCGAUCAAGGCCAAGUAUCCUCCAGUCGUUCGGAAGUACGAGUAUUUGGAUCAUACAGCUGAUGUCCAGUUACACGCAUGGGGAGAUACUCUGGAGGAAGCAUUUGAGCAAUGUGCAAUGGCCAUGUUUGGUUAUAUGACAGAUACUGGGGCAGUGGAGCCCCUCCAAGCAACAGAAGUAGAAACCCAAGGAGAUGACUUACAAUCUCUUCUGUUUCACUUUUUGAAUGAAUGGCUUUAUAAAUUCAGUGCUGAUGAAUUCUUCAUAGCCCGGGAAGUAAAAGUUCUUAAUAUUGAUCAAAGAAAUUUCAAAUUACGGUCAAUUGGGUGGGGAGAAGAAUUCUCAUUGUCCAAGCACCCUCAGGGAACUGAAGUCAAGGCAAUAACAUAUUCAGCAAUGCAGGUCUAUAAUGAAGAGAAGCCAGAAGUUUUUGUGAUCAUUGACAUUUAAGACACACACAAAAAAGAGACUCCCUAUGAAGAACUGUUUUUUCUCUUCCUUUUGAGAAGAUACCAUGAUACCAUGAUAUAAAUUCUACAGUAUCUUAAUAUAUGGAGAUUUGCAGAACAGAAAUUUUUAACUUAAAGUGUGACUUUCAGAAAUGGGAAA